AUGCGAGUUAUUUUCCGUACGCCGCCUAUUAUGGAGGUCAAACGCGAGUUAUCUUCCGUACGCCGCCUAUUAUGGAGAUUCUUAACAGCAUUGUAUAGUGGUAAUUCAAUACAAGGCGUGUUCAUACCUAUUCGUGUUCAGGUUAUCCGGGAUACUAUGGAGUGGGCGCCCCAUUCGCCUAUGAAGCUCAUCCUUAUGGAUACGGAUACGGGUAUCCUUAUGGCUACGCAAGUUCUACAGUUCAGUUCGUGCUAA